ACGAAGUUGGAUUGGUCUGACGGAGAACCACCAAACAAUCUAGCUGGAUGUGCAGUUGCCAAUAUUUGCAUUGGGUGGCCGGCUGCAAGCUGGUUUUCAUUGAAAAUUGGACAAGGUCAUUUAAGGGGGUUCAUGACGGGCUUUCAGGGCUAUAAUGCCCGCACACAACCAGCCUAUCCUGGGUCAAGCAUCAUUAGGUGUUGAUCAACACCGAAUUCAAUAUCACACUGUGUGGACUGUUUCCCGAUGUCGUUGCUUAGGCAGAGAGACACCAAACCCAAUCACCUGGGUCGGAAUUGGAGGGCUGUCAAGUGCCAUCAGCUGUGCCACUUGGAAAGACCCAUAUGAAGGGGAAGAAAUGGCGAUGGCUUCAUUUUGGGCAAAUUUUGUUUCAGAGCCAUUGGCUGGUGCCGGCUCAUUGGAGCCCUCAAACCGGGGUGGAGCCAACCGAGUACAGGUACCGUGGAAAGCCAUGAGCAUGAAUGCUUCCAACCUACAGCAUCCGGUGGCUUUCUCGAGAAAUGGAUUUUGCUACACCAUCGCAAUCUCUUUAUCAGAAUUCGACUCUUUUGUGUGCCCAUCAGCCUUGAGACUGGAUCUCAUUGGGGCAUUGCUCUGACCAGCUAUGGUUGAUGCAUAUCGCCUUCCCACAACAGAAUGCGGGGGUAAACCACGAUAUGGACCAGAGCUUGCUCCCAAAAAUCGGCCAUGCAGUUGCAGUGAGGGCUGCACUAGGUACACGCAGUCCAUUGGCUUCAAGUUGAGGGAACGGUUCAAUUUCGUUGUGAGUAUCUCUGCUGUUGAUGGGAACUGGGCUACAUCAGAUGC